AUGCUAACCCAAAUGGCCAACUUCGACAUCAGAAAUGCCAAGUGUUCCGAAGAGAAAGAUCGCCACGUGAUCGAGAUGCAAGUUGCCGGUCUUUUCGACGGCACGGAAGAGUCCACCAUCAGGGUCCCUGCAGAGACGGAGCAGGAUCCUGAGGAGCAGAGGCGGUUGUCCUUGACUUCCCGACUGGCCAUUCGCACAGCGACGGGAUUUCCCGAAGUUGGGGCAAGCUUGGACGCUUUUAACGACUACGUUCGGAUUCCUGCUCGCGACGGUGUCAUAGCAGACCUGGGUACUGAGACUCACUUGCCAUGGGGCAUUUGUGUCCUGACCUGGGUGCCCACAGUCCUCUGUCUGACUGCAAUCACGUGGACGGGGCGCCCGGUCUGGGAAGAACUGGGUUAUGCCUCUGUGGAGCAGUAUUUCCUGCUGAACUACAUCCAAUUCGUUCUCUUGCUCACGGUGCUGUACCCUGCCAUCCACCCCUGCAUUUUGGGACUCUUCAAGUGGCUUUCCGAUCGGAUAACGAACAAGUGCUUGCUGAAUGCGGUGAUGUUUGUAUGUGGAAUCCUCACGCUCAGCUUGAUCUUCAUGACCUCCUCGGUCACGAUUGCAGCGCUCGAGAGCUACGUGCUGACAAGUCAUCCUGCUUUCCUCUUCGUCUUCCUCCUCAUGUUGACUUGCCACCUCUUCCUGGACUACAAGAUGUUCUGGCAGGAUGAUUACCGUCUGUGGUCCGAUCUGCUCAGCAGUCGGUUCGACUAA